CGUAUGUGGGCGCCUGCGAUCCCUGCAGCAGCGCCCCCCGGAGGGCAGUGCGCCUCCCGGAAGAAGCUGGGCGAAAUCUCUGCAUGAAGCAGGGAACGGCAUUUGCUGAAAGUGUGCGCGUUUUCUAGGGCUCAGUGCGGGCCUCCGGGCGUCGUGGGGGGUUGCCAGGUGGGCCUUGCCGUGGCCUGUGUUGUCCACGUGGCCGUGGGUCAGUUCCGCGCUGGAGGAGACCCUUCCCCAGACACCUGCUGGCCACCCAGCCAAGGCUUUGAGGUCUGGGAAUGUCUCUGGACGCCACCCCACACCCCGACCAGACUCCUCUCCCCGCGGCUCCUGGACAGAACAUUCCGUGACCACGAAGCCAAGUUUGCCCAGGCCCCGCCCUCGCCCUGGGGAAACCCAGCUGGGGAUGGGAAGGAGGAAUGCCGCCCGCCUGCCCGCCCAGACCAGAGUCGCCCCACAUGCCAGGCCGGGGCCCGCAGCCUCCCGGGGCACGUGGGAGCUCCGGGCUUCCUGGCAGGAAAAGCCCCCGCAACCCGCAGAAGGGCCGGUCCCGGGGCAGGGACGAGGAGGGAAGUUGCCGCUGGGUGGGUGACCUCGGGGUGGGGUUCAGGCUGGGGUGUUUUUAAUGAUGUGGUUGCAUCUGGUCACCGCCCCCCCCCGGCGCCCCCCCAUUCUUUCCUGUCCUCCCCACCUUGUGACCCAGACUGUGGCUUGAAUUAAGAAUGUUUUUCAGAUAAGUACACGCCUUUGAGGUUAAAACUGUGCCUAAUGAUUAAACACCAGACGGAGCUCGCCCCGGGAGAAGAGCAGGUCGGCAUUCCUGCCUUUCCCCUUUGGACUCCAGGCGAGCCUGUCUGCAUAACCCGGAGCGCUGAAGAGCGGCUCCCCCGAUCCUCCCGCAGCCCUGGGGGCUGACGUCCUGACCCGGCCUACAGAGGAGGCAGCUGAGGCCCAGAGAGGUUCACCUGCCCCGUCCCGGGCCCGUCACUGCGGGAGACAGAGGCAGGUCAGAACGAGGCCUGGAGGGCCCCCAGGCCUGUGCCCCAUGGAUGCCAGCACAUCUGCCGGGCACAGUCCUCCCCCGCCGGCGCCAGCCCUUGGUGUCUCGGGUGCUGGGUAACUCUUGUGGGCUUCCACACGCACACCUGUGGCCACAAUGCUGGCACCUGCCCGGGCCUCUGGCCCUGUUCUAGGCGCAGGACAUGUGGCCGCAGUGGGCCGGGCCCCGGCCGUGAGGAGUAGGCAUCCCCCGAGCCUGUCCCGCACUGAGAACUCAGUGGCCGGGAGCGAACAGGAAAGCGAGAAGCUCUGCAGGGCACAGACCCCUAACAGUGGAGACCCGGACCCGGAGCACGUGGGUGUCAGUUUUGGGGAGGAGACGGGGUGGGUGCUGACAAGGGGCCAGUGAGGGGACCUUGGGACCCUGGCCAGCCCUGAAAGGAAGGCAGGUUGGGUGCACGCCCCACCCUGGGGCACCCCUUUCCCACCUGCGUGAGGUGUGCAGGGCCGGGAGGACGGGGCUGAGGAGCGCAGUUCCAGCUCUGGCUUUGCCUCGGCGUCCCGUGGCGUGCUGCUGGGGACCGUGAAGCUGCUGGGCGGCCCAGCUGUAUUGCAGCCCGGGGCCAGAGGAGAGGUCAGUAACCCCUACCCGUGCCAUCUUGAGUUUAAGUUUGAUGUUUUUAGAUCAUGGGCCUUUCCGCAUUCGUUUUUAUUUUUUAAUUUCAUUUCACAGUCAGACGUUUCUGCUGAUGGCUGGGUUUUUGGUCCCUCUAACAUGCCUCCCAAGCCUUGCCCUGGUCCCCGCCCUGCUCGGCAGAGCCAGAGCCGCAGGCUGCCCGAGUCUCCUUCGCUUUCUUGGCCGUGUUUGUGGGAGGCCCGCCUCCCGCCCCAGCCCCCGGACACCACCCCUUCCCGUCUUUUUCCCAGACCCCAUUGUUGGCACGGCUUGCUGAGCAGAGACACUGGCCGCUUUAUGGGGAGAAACCCAAUCAGGGUGGUGGGGGGGGGCUCUUUUGGGGGGGGGGCAGCUCCCAGUGGCCCCGAGCCAAGCCUGAGGUGACUUCGGGGUGACACUGUCUGUCUGCCUCACUUGCUCCAGACAUCCGCCUGGCCCUGAAAUGGCCACCUGCCCACCGAGGCCUCCGCACACCUGUCCCGGCCGGCCCGGCCCCUCCCCCGCCCGUGGGCAGACACCGUGGGGCCAGGGCAGCGCUCCGGAGGUGGCAGCUGGCAGAUGGCAGAGCGCCUGCCGACUGCUCACUCCCCGUCAGCUCUGCUCAGGGAGCGCCAUUCACACCGCGCGGCCCGCUCAGCCCUCGUCCAGGCUGGCUGGGAAGGGUCUCUCUGGUCUGAAGCCUCCCGGGCAAGGGGGGAUUCCUGCCGCCUCCCCAGGCCCGAGGCCUGUGCUCACCCCCAGGGCUGCCGGAGAUCAUCUCCAUGUACACCCCACAACAUGCAACUGGGGCCUUCUCCCGACCAGCUCAGAAAUGACUCUGAGGGGGUCACCAUGUAGAAGCAUCAAUCUUUCGCCAGCCCGCACCCAAAACAGCCCUGUUGUCGGCUGGAGUCCCGUGCCGGGGCCCGUGAGGUCCUGGUCCUGCGGGGCACAGCAGGGUUGGGUGCGCAGGAAAUGUGCCAGACACCCUCCUCGGAGUCCCCGGGAGUGGGCAGUGCCCCACUCAGGCUCCCUGACCACUGCAGGCCGGGGUGGGCCAGAUGCGAGUCCCAGAGCCUGCGGGGCAGAGCCAGGACUCGGCAGGGAGCGCAGGGCCCUCCUGGGAAAGGGGCAGGAGAAAGCAGGGUGGUUGUGCCUGGCGGAGGGAUGGGCCAGGGCAAUGCUGGGAGCAGAGACCUGCCCGGGGCAUUUGCUGCUCUGGGAGGGAGCCAGGGCUGUGGGCACGCAGGGAUGGGGCAGAGACGGUAGAAAGGGUGGCAGCAGUGGUAGACGGACUGGCUGGCUGGGAGCUCAGGCAGGGCUGGUGCUCAGGGAGGAGGAGGGAAGGGCACCCCCACCCGGUGUCCCCACAGGCCCCCCAAUAACCUGGUGAGUGAAUUUCCUGAUCCCCAGCAGGGCUGCCCUUCCUCAAGGUCACACCGUACAGGGCCGCGGGGAGCCAGGGUCUGUCUGCUCCCAUCCAGCUCUUGGGCUCAGCCCUGUGGACCCCCAUUCCCUUCCUGCCUGGAUGUGCCUCUCUGGCCUUCGCACCCCGUGCCCGUCCUGCAAGGGCACCUGGCCGGAAUGGGCUGGAGUGAGGAAAAAUUGUGAUUCACUGAACAAGCCCUUGAGGGGUCCCUGCAGCCCUAGGCUGGAUGCUGUGAGCCCCUCCCGGGGGGGUUCCGCUCAUGGGGAGACCCCAAGCCUUCCUCGUCCUGGGUCCCAGGAGAAGCCACAGCCCCGGGGAGCCUCAGCGUCCUCCUCAGUGCAGUGGGGAUUUAACCCCUCCCUCCAGGGUCCAGCCACUUGCUGACAGGCCAUGCAUCCUUCCACCCUCCCCUUGGGCCUGGAGCAUCCAGGUACCAGCCUGGCAGGGCACGGGCUACCCAGUGGGGGAAGCUGGCCACUGACCACACAAGGAUAGGCCCGGGUCUUGGUCAUUAGUGACCUGGCAUUGUCCAGCCGACACAGGGCUGGCCACGGAGGCCAUUCCAUCCAGGGCCAUCGGGGUGUCUGGGCAAGGCCCAAGGUCACAGCAGGGUUCAGAGCUGGGCAAGGCCACGUCUCUUCCAGAGCUGACACUUGUCACUUUUGUUUUUAAAACCAAACAGGUCAAGGAGUGGCGCUGACCUGGGAGCCCCUGCCUGGGGCCAGCCUUUCUCGCAGUGAGCUGGGCCUCCUGCCAUCCUGGCUCUGGAGGUAGGAGCCAUCCUGAGGGCCAGGACACUCCUGGUCCUCUCCGGGCCCUGCCCUCAGGCACAGAGGUCCUUAGCUGGGGACCUUCGCCCAGGCUAUGCCCUCCCGAGAAGCGAUGUCUCUUCUUGUCUUCCCGUCACCCCCCAGCACUCCCCCAGGCGGCUCACCUCAUCUGCCCACAGUGCUCCAGUGACCCUCGGGAGGGAGGAGGAGGCGGUGCCCGGAGAGCAAGCAGACCCCUCCCCCACCAGCUUCUGAGAGCAAAGACAGAGAUACAGCCCAGAGAUACAGCACCCCCUAGCCUCAGUUUCCCCACUAUGAAGUGGGAUUCGUGGUCUCAGCCUCCCCAGGGCUGUGAGGACUAUGUGGUCCAGCCCAGCCUAGUGCCUGCCUGGAGUCGGCAGCCUGCUCAGGACAUGCUGUGGCGGGAGGGCUGGGGUCGAUCCUCCAAGUCCACUCUGGCCCAGGGGAGCCGAGAGCCAGCAUGCGGUUUAACUCGGCAGGAAGCGGAAUGUUCAGACAUCACUCUGCUGCUCUCCGGCUGUGUGACCUCGAGAAUGCCGCCUUGCCUCUCUGGGCCUCGGUCUCCUCACCUGUAAGAGGGGUUGACAGGCAUGCCUGCCUCUUCAGCUCUUCCCCAGGCUCCCCCAGGAAGGUGGUGGGCACAGCGAGCGUUUGUUGAGGCUGAGCCUGCUCCAGGCCCGGGAGAGGUGGGGCUCAGAGAGGCCCGUCUCUGGCCACGUUUUCCUGCUAGGGAGCCCCGAGGCCCCCUCAGCGCCCCUCAGCCCUCUUCCCUCCCCUACUCCAGGAGAUGCCUCCGGAAGCCAUGGAGUCCCACCUCAGCACGAGACUGACUGCCCUUUGGGUUUCCUCCUCUGUAAAGCGGAAGCAGAUGAGGACGGAAGGAGACGCAGUGUGGAGCGUCAGGGCGAAGGAGAGCUGAGCCCCAGCCGCACCGAGGGUGGCGACCCGCGUGGCUGUUCAUCCGACCUCUGUCCCCCAACCACCCCCUACAUCAGGCCAGGCUCGUGGGUGGCCCUGAGCCGGAGACUGGGCCGAACCCUCCUCUGAGCACCAGGAGAAGGCACCAUGGGCCCAGGGGUGGCCAAGACGUUUGGCGGACACAGGGCCAAGGGUGUGGGCCUUGGCCACCAGCCCAGGCACCCAGCACAUGCCCCAGCCUGGCCAGCUCAGUGGCAGGGCCUCUGCCUGCGGAGGAAGGAAGGCUGAGGCCCCUUUCCCGAGCAGGAAGUGAGAGCGAUGGCUCUGCACGCUCCCUGGGCCCCACAUGGGCACAGCCUGAAGGCGGACGGUGGCUCCUCUGUACCUGGGGAAACUGAGGCCCAGAUAGCCAGGGGCUUCCUGCGACCAGCCAGCAGCAGCUGCCCCUUCCAGGGGUGCCGUCUCCACUGUCCCUCCUUCCCUGAGCCUGCCCAGCCCUCCUGCUCUGGUGGCUGAGGACCGCCGGGCGGGGGCGGCGCUGGGCGGGGUUGGUGGACCCUCCCGCAGGGCAAGGCCGGGCCUGGCGGGGUGAGGUAGUAGGUUGUGUGGUUUCAGGGCAGUGAUGUUGCCCCUCAGAAGAUAACUAUACAACCUACUGCCUUCCCUGAGGAGCCCAGUGACGCGACCCCACGGGAGGGCUGCCCCCAAACUCAGUGACGGGGCAGGGGGGCCUAAGCCAAAGAUGGACGGGCAUCUGGAGCCUGGGUGCAAUAAAGCUGCUCUGGCCAUGAACUUGGAACUGGCCCCUUUCAUUCUGGAAGCCCAGGGACUGGCCUCUGGGGCCCAUCUGCCGUGGGACACG